AUGUCCAGACCAGAGAAGAAGUUGGCCGAAUGCUUGAUGAAGCGGAAGGCACUACUCGUCGUUCAUGAUUCCGUUGAGGCGUUCAUCAAGAAGUACGACAACGAGAACGAUGUGUACCAGAUUCCGAUCCGUCUUGAGGCGUUGGACCGUGUCUACAGUGAGUUCCAGGAGCUGCAAGCGGAGAUUGAAAAGUACGAUGACGCUGAGAAGUUUGAGGAGCAUCUGCAAGAGCGAGCAGCGUUCGAAGCGAGAUUCUGCACGGCCAAAGGAUUUCUGUUGAUGAAGCGUUCGACAGAUCCCAAGCAGACAGUGUUGAAUACUUCAAUAAUGGCCAAUCAUCACCCAGUUUCAUCCAGUUUCCACCUACGGUUGCCCAAGGUCGAUCUCCCUAAGUUCGAUGAAGACUUUUCCAGAUGGCUUUCUUUCCGGGAUACUUUCACCUCCAUGGUCCAUUCCAACGCGGACAUUCCGACUGUCGCGAAGCUGCAGUACCUUCUGCAGUCCCUGGAAGGAGAAGCUCACAAGCCAUUCGAGUCGAUCGACAUAGUCGCGGAUAAUUAUGCGUUAACUUGGGACGCUCUACUGAAACGCUACGAUAAAAAGCGGUAUCUGAAGCGUCAACUGUUCGGAGCCCUGUAUGACCUUCCGCCACUGAAGAAAGAGUCACCCCAAGAGCUGCACGACCUGGUUGAUGACUACCAACGGCAUGUCAAGGCCUUAGCGAAGCUGAACGAACCUGUAGUCCACUGGGACACCCCGUUGAUCAACCUGUUAUGCUACAAACUGGAUCCUACGACCCUCCGAGCCUGGGAGGAGAAGACCAGUAGCAGUGAUGAUGUCACCUACGAGCAGUUAGUUGAUUUCCUGUACCAAAGGGUUCGAAUGUUGAAGUCCGUCGUCACCGAUCUGCAGCAUCGUUCCAAUCAACCCGGCCAAGCCAAGGUGGCCGGUUCCAAUCCGAUCCAGAAGAAGCCAUUUAAGAUGGAAUCCAAUUCCGCCACGACCGAAUGCAAGAACUCCGCUCCGUACUGUAUCGCCUGUCCAGAGAACCACUUCCUAUUCCAAUGUCCAGCAUUUUCCAAGAUGUCCGUUCGCCAGCGACGAAAGCUGGUAUCCCAGAAGCGCCUAUGCUGGAAUUGCUUCCGCUCUGGACACCAAAGUAGGAAUUGUACAUCCAAGUACGAAUGCCGAAACUGUCACCAGAAACACCAUACCUUGCUGCACGAAACUUCAACCACGAAGAUACAAUCCAGUCCAGUAACUAUAUCUGGUCAGCCGUCCCAACAACCGAAUCCAUCCACGAUGAUUGCCGUCGAAACCCCCGGAUCAGUGAAUCCGAACCCCCAAGUGAGCUUGUCGGUACAGUCGUGCCAAUCCACGGUUCUGUUGGAAACGGUCAACCUCCUAGUUGUAGACCAGAAUGGCAAAGAGCAUUCCGCUCGUGCACUCCUAGAUUCAGGAUCGAUGAGCAGCUUCAUCACGAAGAAGAUUGCGAACAUACUCAACCUCCGUCGUACGAAAGUAGACAUCGCCGUGUCUGGAAUCGGUGAAACGUCGAAGCAGAUCAAGCGCAAGUUGACUGCUACAAUUAGAUCCAAGCUGCUUUCGUUCAGUACUACGCUCGAGUUUCUCAUCCUCAAGAAACCCGCACUGAUCCAGCUUUCACACAGUAACAUUUCUUUCGGUGAAGGGCAGCCUGUAUUCGUCGAAACCUCUUUCGGUUGGACUGUUUCGGGAAAGGUAUCCAUCAAAUCACCUGAAGUUCCCCGUGUUUGUCACCUCACCACUGUGGACCGUAAUCUGGAACAAGCCCUCCAGAAGUUCUGGGAGUUAGAAACAGUUGAAUCCUGUUCCAAGUUUACAGCAGAAGAAAAUCUCUGUGAAGAACUGUAUACCACUACCACCACUCGCGAUUCGUCGGGUCGUUAUAUCGUUUCCUUGCCACUCACCCGCGAUCCGCUCGUCACUCUCGGUGAAUUACGUUCAAUCGCCGAGCGCCGUUUCCUAAACCUCGGAAAACGACUUGAGCGAGAUCCAACCACCAAAGAGGCCUACUGUCGCUUCAUGGAAGAAUACGAACGCCUGAAUCACAUGGUGAAGCUCCUGGAUCCAGUAGACGAAAGCCAACCGCACUGCUACCUCCCACACCAUCCGGUGUUCAAAGAAUCCAGCACCACCACGAAAAUUCGAGUUGUGUUCGAUGCGUCGUGCAAGACGUCAUCUGGAUUCUCCGUGAACGACCUGCAACUCGUUGGACCCGUCGUUCAGGAAGACCUACUGUCGAUCCACAUCAGAUUCCGCAUCCACCAAAUCGCAUUCGUGGCCGAUGUGGAGAAAAUGUAUCGGCAAAUCCUGCUGCAUCAUCUGUUCCGCCGAUACCAACUCAUUCUCUGGCGUCCCAGUCCAGACCUACCAAUCGCUACGUAA